AUGGGUGACAUGAUGAAGAAGAAUGUGGAGGAGGACGAGCCUCCCGCACCUUUGGAAAAUGGAUGUUCCAGAAACAUGGGGGAGCUUGUGGAAUUCUCCAACAGUGACAGGGUUAAAUUUGACGACACAGGCUUAUCCAUGUUGCUGCAAAGUGGGUUGGAGAACCUCCGGCUGGAAAACUCUCUCACAGAUGUUACCCUGUGCGUGGACAACAUGAAAUUCUCAUGCCACCGUGUGGUCCUUGCAGCAGCAAGCAAUUAUUUUAGGGCAAUGUUUUGCAAUGAUCUAAAAGAAAAGCAUGAAGAGAACAUAGUGAUUAAGGGAGUCGAUGCGGAGACAAUGCAGAUUCUGUUGGAUUACACUUACACAAGCAAAGUACUGAUCACAAAGGAAAAUGUACAGAAAGUCUUGGAAGCUGCCAGCCUUUUCCAGUUUUUGCGGAUGGUAGAAGCUUGUUCAAACUUCCUUAAUGAUGCUCUCCAACCAGACAACUGUGUUGGGAUUUUAAGACUGGCUGAUGCUCAUUCCCUGGAUAACUUGAAGCAGCAGGUGAAGAAGUACAUUAUCCACAAUUUCACUCAAGUACUGAACUGUGAUGAAUUCUUAGAGUUGCCCUUGGAUGUCCUGUACCACGUGCUGAAGAGUGAUGACCUCUGUGUCACUGAAGAAGCAGAAGUGUUCGAAACGGUUAUAAACUGGGUUCGUUGCAAAAUACCAGAAAGGCUUCCUUUCCUGCCCCACAUCCUUGAGAGUGUUCGCUUGCCCCUUCUGGAUCCUUGGUAUUUUGUAGAGACUGUAGAAGCAGAUCUGCUCAUCAGGCAAUGCCCUGAUGUUUUCCCACUGCUUCAAGAAGCUAGGAUGUACCACCUCUCAGGGAAUGAGAUCAUUUCAGAAAGAACAAAGCCUAGGAUGCACGAAUUCCAGUCAGAGGUGUUUAUGAUCAUAGGUGGAUGCACAAAGGAUGAAAAAUUUGUAGCUGAAGUUACUUGCCUUGAUCCCUUGAGGCGCAGCCGUUUGGAAGUGGCAAAACUGCCCAACACAGAACAAGAAAUGGAGACUGAGAAUAAAAAAUGGGUGGAGUUUGCAUGUAUUACAUUAAAAAAUGAGGUCUAUAUAUCAGGGGGGAAAGAAACACAGCAUGAGGUGUGGAAGUAUAAUUCUUCCAUCAACAAGUGGAUACAAAUAGAAUAUUUGAAUGCUGGAAGAUGGAGACACAAAAUGGCUGUGCUGGGUGGCAAAGUAUAUGUCAUUGGUGGCUUUGAUGGUAUACAAAGGAUCAACAGCGUAGAAACAUAUGAUUCUUUUCACAACUGCUGGUCAGAGGCAGCACCCCUUAUAAUCAAUGUGAGCUCAUUUGGGGCAGCCAGCUACAAGAAGAAGCUCUAUGUGAUUGGCGGAGGACCCAAUGGGAAGCUUGCUACUGACAAAACACAGUGUUAUGACUCAGCAACAAACAAGUGGACCUUAAAAUCACCCAUGCCUGUUGAAGCAAAAUGUAUCAAUGCCACAAGUUUCCAUGACCACAUCUAUGUUGUUGGUGGGACCAUGAGGGCACUCUACUCUUAUAGCCCACUCAUGGACACAUGGUGCCUGGUGACUCAGUUAAACCACGAACGAGCAAGCUGUGGAAUUGCCCCUUGCAACAACAAGCUGUUCAUCACCGGAGGUCGAGAUGAAAAGAAUGAAGUCAUUGCCACGGUGUUAUGUUGGGAUGCAGAGACUCAGAAGUUAACUGAGGAAUGUGUCCUCCCUCGUGGAGUAUCUCAUCAUGGAAGUGUCACCCUCCGGAAGUCCUACACGUACAUCCGUAAGGUAGUGCCUGGGGCAGUCUCAGUUUGA